GGACGACGCGGUACGUGAAUGGUUUUUAACCACCGUGAAAAGGGGACAGAAUGUAAACUAUUUCUUCAACGUAAACUAAGUAUAUUACCCCAGCUAGGGCCUCACAGGGACCUGUAUGGUGAGGAUGAUGCCGGCGACACGCCCAGCCCACCCUACCAUGACAAGCAGGAGGCUACUGGCUGUUGCUAGGGCUGUAGUGUGAGAGAAUACACCUCUGACAUUAGCUGUUUACGGCUACCUUUUCUCUCUAAGCAUAUACAGUAUCUGUGACAACUCUCAGGAUGUCGAAGGAAAAGAAGAGUAGUCUGAAUCUGAAGACUGUGGCCUUUAAUUUGGCUGCAGGAGGAUCUGCAGGCUUCACUGAGAUAUGCAUCAUGCAUCCUCUGGAUGUUGUCAAAACCAGGUUCCAGAUUCAAACUACAGGUGUUCCAGGUGACCCAAACUACUACACUUCAGUGUUUGACUGCAUGCGCAAGAUGGCUAAGAAUGAAGGGCUUUUGUCUCUCUAUAAAGGUGUCUUGCCUCCAGUUUUGGUCGAGACACCCAAGCGUGCUGUUAAGUUUCUUACAUUUGAAAUCUACAAACAGAUGUGUGGAACUCCAACACCAACGACGUAUUUCUUAGCUGGAUUGGGAUCCGGAACUACUGAAGCCAUUCUAGUUAACCCUUUUGAAGUUGUCAAAGUUGCACAACAAGCCAAUAGAUCAAAGCACAAAGUUUCCCCUAGCACCUGGGCAGUUGCACGAGAAAUUGUCAAGACUCAAGGAUUAGGAUUUAGAGGCCUUAAUAAAGGUGUCACGGCCACCAUCGGAAGGAAUGGCCUCUUCAAUAUGAUGUACUUCGGGUUUUUCCACACCGUCAACUCAAAAAUAACUCAGCCUAAGGAGAAGUGGCAACAAAACCUUCAGAAAUUCUUCAUUGGGCUGGUGGCCGGUGUACUUGGAUGCUUGAUCAACAUUCCCUUUGAUGUAGCAAAGAGCCGUAUUCAAGGACCACAGCCUAUUCCAGGAGAGAUAAAGUACCGGACAACAUUUAGAUCCAUUUCAAUUGUUUACAGGGAAGAAGGAUUCCGUGCAUUGUAUAAAGGUUUGGUACCCAAGGUGUUGAGGUUAGGACCUGGUGCUGGCAUCAUGAUGAUUGUAUAUGAAAAUGUCCACAAUUAUCUUGUUAAGAAAUUCCCUGAUGAUUAAGAAGAUUAAUUUGAUCAAAAAUAUCUUUGCUCAAAGGAUGACAAUUAAACCAGAAGAUUGACACACUACAAGGACAGAUGCUGUAGGCAUUUCAUUUGUGUUUAUCUUUAUCUCUUGUAUACAAUCACCCUAUAUAUUUGAUACAACAUUUUGCAGCUUCAUUACACUCCUAAGAAUUAUGUGAAUACUUGUCUACCUCAUUUUAAGCAGGCAAGAGCCAUUUUCCAUCUUAUUCAUGCCUUCAGGUUAAGGAUUUUUAGAAAAUUUAUAUUUAAAAUUAUUUAUGGUUUGAUAAGCUGUUUAAUUUUGUACUGUAUAAUGCACCACACAUGAAAUAAAGGUACUGCAAUACUGCUAGAAACUAAAUUGAUCACUACUCAGAGAAUGUCACAGUAAAUUGGCCGAAAACAAAUAAAUUGACCGACACACGAAAUGAAAAGAAAG